AUGGCUUAUAGCAUAGUUAGAUCUGAGCCUUGCCCAAGCGAUUGGUACUUUUAUGGCCCAGAAAAUGUUUGUUUACACUUGGUUGACAAGAACGCUAAAUUUCACAUUGCUAAGAAAACCUGCUGGAAUAAUUUUACCGCAGGGCUCUUAUACAUCGAUAGUGCUAAGAAGGAAAACUUCAUUAAGACUAACAUUAUUGUCAAUAAGCAUACGUUUUAUUGGCUUGGAUUAAAAGACCUUGUUGGUGAUGAUAAACUAGAAUCUCACCGAUGGCUAGCUUCGAAUAAAACCUUGGCGGAAAGCAAUUAUAUAAAUUUGGCAAAUAAUAGACCACCCAGGAUAGAUGCAUAUAAAUGUAUUAUCAUAUAUUUUCGACGGACGCCUGAAUGGCGGGAAGAAAGAUGCGGUAGUAAAAAUAAAUUCAUCUGCGAAAAAGGUUUAGAAACAAAGUUAAUCAAUCUGCAUUUAAAUACAAAUGAAGAGCAAAUGCCUUCCUAA